CCGUGUGCAGUACAUGAACUAGUAGCUAAAAUGCCUACUCAUGAAGGAUGGUUACGUCCGGCCGGAAAUCUAGAGCAGUCCCAGGCCAAGUUGUAUGAUGAACACAAUGUUGUCAUCAGCUACGUUCUUCGCCUAGCCACGUCUCGAGAGGUCCACGAAUGCGAUGUGAAGCAAGUGUUCACGCAUCUGUUCAGGAAGACAAUAAAUUUGAGGAUGUUGCCUGAAAUGAGGGACGGCCAGCUCUGGAUGCGAGAGUUGCAACAUGAGAACCUCGAUUUCCAGACCCUCAAAGAUGCAGAAGUGAACGCUGUAUACCACGACAUGGCGAGCUACAGGUACAACAUGAGCGUUGGGCCAGCGUGGGCCGUGCGUUUUCUUCCACUAUCCCCAAAACACGAUGAACAUAUCAAGCGGACGACCAUGGAAAAUACGGAGAAGAAACUCGAAAAACUGCCUCACGUUUGCCACAUUGUAAUGAGCUUCCAUCACAGCAUAACCGACGGCUUUACUUGCGUGCGCCUCAUCCGACACAUCUUGAUGCUUUUGAAUGAUGUCAUAGCAAGGAACCCCAUAGAUGAUUCCGAGCAGUAUGCUCGCAUGAUGGACAUUAAGAAGCAACAAUUGGUUUUAGAAGAAUUUGAGCGCGCAUUCGAGGCUGACCCUAAGCUGUUGCAAGUCCGAGCUGAGUCAUUACUGCAGUCAAUCCCUGAUGCGCUUCUUAGCAAAGUGUACCCACACCCGUCUACUAGACCGCCAAAAAUGAAAUGCCUUCCCCGCAUCCUUGACAGCAAAACUACCGCAAUUUUUGUCAGCCGCUGCAAGGAAGAAGGUAUUACAGUUCACACUGGCUUCAGCUCGGUGAUUGAAGCUAGCAUUGUCAAAGUUUUACUGGACGCUAACUUUAUCCGGGAUACGUACACCAUUGGAGGACUUCACUGUAUCGACCAGCGAUGUUACUUCAACGACGUUGACAAUGCGUAUGGUGAUGGCCAUGGUGUAAUGGAUGUAGCCUCAGAAGUACCGAAGGAUAUUCUAGACAACUUUUGGAGCCACGCUAAGCAGUAUCACGAAAAAUUUAAGGACCUACAGGUCUGUAAAAACAGCAUAGAAAUUGAAGUGAUUGUAAGACUGACGGGUCACAACCCGCUUACAGUCAUUGAUGCUCAGGGUAUCGACUCCCUCCCAGAGAAGACUGCCCCAUACCUAACCACGAACAUGAGAGACGUCACCGAGACUUUGAGUAACUGUGGGGAUAACGUCGAUCUCCUUUACUACGACUGGAUGUCGGCGACCCAGGAGUUGGGGAUCGACUGGCUGAGCUCUAUUCACACUUACAACGGACAACUCAUGCACACCAUGCAGUAUAACACUCAACUCAUGGACGAAGGGCUUGCUGUACCUGUAAGAGUUGUCGAUUUGGUAUUUGAAAUUUUGAGGAAAGUCGUUGAAUAGCCGAAGCACAUAUGAAUAUUGAAAGGUGAUAAAUUGGUCAACUUAUUUGCGACCUACUGCAGUGGAGUUGGUAUAAGAAGCACUGGGGCUUUGAAAUUCUUAAAAUGAAUGUUGACAUUCUGACUCAUUUUUGAAUUCAUUUAAAAAAUUAGAAAUGCAAUAUUGCGUUUGUUUGUAUUUAUGUCAGUAACUUGAAUCUUAUAAAUUGAAAUUCUUGAUUGCCAGUCAAACAGACCUUUUGGCAUUUUGGAAUUGCGAAGCUCACUGUCCUCACGGUUGCUGAUGCCUAUUCGAAAAAUUAGAAUCUAAUUGUCUCGGAAUAAUUCAAGCUUGAAGCGAAUACAUCUUCCGUCCUGAAGUUCUAUCCACCUAACGCCGACUUGACAGACACGAAGGGUCCAAAAAAUAAGGAUCUAAAUCCACCAUUUAUUCUAUCCUGCCAGCGUCAAAGACCUGCACGUUUGGAAUUACAUUACAACUAUUGCCUCAAUUUUGUUCUAAGAGCAUUUUAAUGGGCAUGGUUACAUAUUCAUUGCUUUAAACAUAAUAUUCGGAAUGUACCACAGCAUCAAAUGAAAAGAAAACUGCUCUUCCUCAAUGCAAAAUGAGCCCCAAGUUUGAGCAUUUCACAAACUUCUUUAAUUCUAGGAUUCACAAAUUGUGCUUUGAAAUAAAUACUAAGAACGUUUGAAUAAAUUCCUGCGCAUUGAUUCCAAACAUUAGCCAUAGCUUUCUCAAAUGCAAGUAUUAGCAUAUUACCAGAGCUGGGCAAUAGCAACCUUCUUAAGAAGGAUGCUGUUUGAAAUGUAGCGCCGCUACCGCUACCGCUACAUGCUCCAACUGU